AUGGCGAGUGUCUCAAAGCUUCGAUCAUCUCCUUCAUCGUCGAUAAUAGGAGCAGGAAUGCGUUUUUCACAUUCUCCUGAUCGUCAUUAUUUGCAUCCUCAUCCUAUGAAGUGUCGUACUCCGGCAGACUUUAAACGCGAACCAUCACCAUUUGAAUUAGGUGACUCUGCAAAUUUGCAAGUUGCAUCAUCAAGUGCAAUCAUCGAUAAAGCAUGUGUGAUGGAUAUUUCAAAUAGUGAUGUAAGGAAUGUUGAUGAAUACAUUCAACUAUUCUUAACCGAAUAUUGUGUCAUUGAUCGUGCAUGCUAUGAAGAUGUUAGUGAUCCAACUGUGAAAAUUGUGGUCAUUGAAGAAAAUGAAGAAGAAGAAGCGAUUCGUACGGGAACAACUCUAAAAGCUCCCAAGCCAUUGCCUGGUCAUGAAAUAUUAGCAACAACAGAAAAAUAAGAACAACCUGAAUGUGGCAGUGAAAUUAUUGAGAAUAAUCUUGUUGCAUCAGAAGAUAAAAAUGAUUUAAACAUUACACCGAAUGAAAAUUCUGUUGAUGAGAAAGCUUUGAAUGCAGUUAAAGUGGAACCACAAGUUGCUGUUGAAGUAAUCAAUGAAACGAUUCCGAAUAACGAGAAAGAUGUCAACAGUGAAGUGAUUCAGACGAUUGAUGAAAGCAUUGCUGAAGACGUCUUAAAGGAAGUGAAAGGUUCCGAUACAACUGUUGAGUCAGAUCUUGAUUCCGAUUUUGAUGUGAUGGAAGAAAUCGAUCCUUCUUAUGAGAUUGACGCAUCCUUAUGGAUGAAAGUUGCCGAUAUAAAUGAAUGCGAUUUGAAGCCAGCAAUGAAGGAAGUUGUUGGCGGUGGAGAAAAUCCUUCAGUUCAACAAGAAAGAAAGAAGGCAGUGAAAGCAGAAGAAAAAGAAGAUGAAGAAGAUUCAGGGUUUCAGGAAUUGGUUUCAGUUCGUUCUGAGAAGGAAAGAGAUCAAGAAUUUCGUGAAUAUAUCCGAGAACUCUGCCGUCCCAGCAUUGUCUCAUAUUUGCCUGAUAGAAUUGCACCAAAAGGCAGCAAUGUAAGAUUAACGUGCACUGUUCAAGGUAACAACAUUCAAUCACGAUGGAUGAAAGAUGACGUCAUUUUAGAACGCACACAACGCAUUCAAACAAGAACCGAUGGGGAAAUUCAUACUCUCGAAAUAAGUGAAAUUAAUGAAAAAGAUGCUGGCGUUUAUACUGCCGUUUUCAAAAAUCGUGCAGGUGAAGUUGAAACGUCUUCACGUGUAAAGGUUUACGACGGAAAGUUACACGAACCCGAUCACAUUGACAUUGCUUUGGUGAAAGAUUAUUAUGAUCACUCUUUAGGCGGUCUUGUAAUUGAAGCACACGUACAUGGUUUGCCAUUGCCAACUGUGAAAUUCUAUCGCGAUGGUCAUCUUUUGCAUGCGCGUAAAAACAAAAUUGUUUUCUUCAUUGAUAACAAAGAAAUCUUUCAAUGUUUAAUGGUACGACCUGAUGCAAGUGUCAGUGGAAUGUACACAAUUCUUGCUGAAAAUAAAGCAGGAAAGAAGCGUUUUGAUCAUCAUGUUGAUUUUGUUACGAAAUAUCCUUUAAUUCAUCUGCCCGGCAUGCGUCAUGCUGACAAGAAACUUGAUGAUUUUGUUGAAGGAAUGUUGAAUAAACUUCCAAAACCACAGCCAGAAAUUCAAACAAACAAUGAAGCAGUUCAAGAACAAAUUAAUGAAGUAGAAAAUGUUGUUGACACUCUUAAGCCCAAACCUCCAAAAGCUGAAGAGAUUAUUGAAGCAUUAAAUGCAGUAACAACGGAAACGACUGAAGAAACACAUACACACGCACGCAAACAUAAAUCAAAAAAGCAUCGAAGUAAAGCAACAAAGAAAGAACCAAAAAUCGACGCUGAUCUUGUUGAUGAUCAAGAAGACGAAAUAGAAGUUGAUGAAAGUGAGUCAAUUGAAGAACAUUAUAAAAGAAAAUUCUCAACAGUUGUUCAUGAACCUUAUGAGAGUGAAACUUUCCGUAUUUACAAUUCCAAGAAUAGUUUAUGGUUUUCUGGGAAACUUCGUAAUCAGACUGCAAUCGAAGGGACAUCAAUUAAAUUAAUUUGUGCUGUGUCUGGGCCUCUUCCCAUCAUUAAAUGGUUCAAGAAUGAAAAACCAGUACCAUGGAGUGCAACAAUUCGCAAUUACAGUGGUGAUGGCUUAGGACAUGUGAUUAUGGAUAAUAUUGCAAGAUCAGAUGCUGGAACGUAUACUUGCACUGCUAAAAAUGCCUUCAGUGAAGUAUCAACUGAAGCAGCCAUUAAAGUCAUCUCAAAAUCGAUCGUUCCAGUAACAGACACAUCAAAGCCUACAUUUACACGUGUUCUCGGUGAAUUCUAUCAUAAUGUUGAGAAUGAUUUAAUUCUUGAUGCACAUGUUCGAGGCGUACCUGAACCGAAAGUUAUUUGGUAUAAAGAUGGAAUUGCAAUGAAGAAGGAGGAUGAUGAUCGCUUUGAUUUCCUAUCAGAUCAUGAUGGUGGUUAUCAAUUUAGAAUUCAUAAACCAGUUCAAAGUGAUAGUGGAUUGUAUGCUUGUGAAGCGAUAAAUAAAACAGGAAAAGCAAAAAUAACUCAUAAAGUAAAUUUCACUGAACUUGAACGACACACACAUCCAAUGUUUGUCUAUCAUAAGGAAUCAUUCUGGCAACCAACAUUAAGAAUGUCAAUAGAACCGGAACCAGUUAUUGAGAAAUCGGUUGAUUAUUCAUCUGAAAUUGUGCAAGCUUCAGGUAAUUCAGGAUCUGACCAGUCAAUUUCUGUUGGUUCAUCGGGUAAUGGAGGCGACGGGAACAAAGAAACGUCAGGAAAUGAGGAACAAUCAGGAAAUGGAGGUGACUUCGGUUCUUCAGCACCUGGUGGUGAUGGCAACCAAGAUGGUGAUGAUAAUGAAAAACGAAAAGAAAAUUCAUUUGACAAAGAUCAAAACGAGGAAGAAAAUGCCGAGAAAGAUGAAGAAGAACAAAAAAAAGAAAAGAAAUUAGAAAGAAAGCCAAUUGUAAGACGACGUCGCUUUGAUGGUCCAGUUGAGCCACUUUUAAUUCGUGAUUCUAUUAAAAAGAUUGAGUUUGCUGUGACUUUGAAGGACAUUAUAGCACCAAGUGGAUCAAACUUGAGACUUUGUUGUCAAAUUAAAGGACCAGCGCCUAAAGCUACAUGGCUUAAAAAUGGAAAGCCAAUUGAACAGUCACCAAAACUUCGCAUUCUUCCCAAGGAAGGUUGGGGAAUUAUAACAAUAGCAAACGCAGUGCCAAGUGACUCAGGUUUAUAUAAAUGUUGCGUAGCGAAUACUUUCAACUCCAUUGAGACCGAGGCAACAGUUACUGUUUAUGACGUUGAAGAGGUUGCUGUCAAACCAACAUUCACUCGAAUUACUGAUUAUUAUCGUCAAGAAGUUGAUGAUUUAAUAAUUGAAGUGCAAGUUCGUGGUGUUCCCACACCAAAAUUGAAAUGGCUGAGAGAUGGAGUAAAAUUGGAUGUUAAGAAUAAUGAAAAGUUCUUCGUUAUGCGUGAACCUGAGGGCAUCUACAAAUUGUGUAUUCAUGACCCACAACGUAUUGAUAGUGGUCGAUUCAUUGUUGAAGCUUCAAAUAAAGCAGGAAAAGAAGAAAUCCGAAAAAUGAUUCGUUUUGUGGGUAAGGAACAUUACAAAUAUUUGCCAGGAAUUUGUCAUGCUGAUCCGAAGAAACCACAUGAAGAAACUACAGAAGAGAUUGUAGAAGAAUCUAAUGAAGUUACUCCACCCAAAGUUGUUGAAAAUGAUGAACCCGAAAUGGACAAAUGGGGAAAUUUAAUACCGAAAAAAGAAAAGAAACUUCGAUUGCGUGAAAAAGUUUUCUUGCCUCCAACAGCUGAAGAGUUAGCAACUGACAGUAUUGUUAUGCAACAAGUUCGAAAUCAUAUUGAAUUUGAGUCUGAAUUGAAGAAUCAAGCAGUGAAAGUUGGAACGAAAGUGAAACUUCUUUGUACGGUUGUUGGCACAAAUCCCGUUUUGAAAUGGUUUAAAAAUGAUGAAGAAUUGGAGUUUGCACCACCGAAAAUUAAAAACACUUCGAGUGGAACUUUUGGCAGUGUUACAUUCUUAGCAGUUUCUGAACGUGAUUCUGGCGUUUAUAAAUGCAUUGCCUCGAAUGAUGUGUGUGAGGCUUCUUCAGAAUGUACACUCACAGUUCUUCCAGCACAAGAUCCAAAUUGGAUUAAACCAACAUUCACAAGAAAUUUGAAAGAAUAUUACGAUCAGAAAGCGAAUGAUUUGGUGUUGGAAGUUCAUGUUCGCGGCUAUCCAAGACCAACUUUAAUCUGGAAUAAAGAUGGACUAGAAAUUGAGAAGGGAAACGAUAAAUAUUUUGGGACUCGUCAUCCGGAUGGAGUUUAUCGUUUGAAUAUUCAUGACCCUAUGAUUAAAGAUAGUGGACGCUAUGGUUGCACAGCUGUCAACGAAGCUGGUUCGGAAGAUUUCAAAUAUUAUUUGAGAGUUCAAAGAAAGGAAGAAUAUAUUCACACUGCUGGUUUAUAUCAUGCUGAUCCAACUAAAUUUGCUAAAUACAAAGACGAAGAAGAACGGAAACGACAAGAACGAAUGAAUUUCCGGCCAAAAACCAAAGUAACGACCGAAGACAAAGCAGUCGAAUCUCUACAACAUGACCACAUCAAAGUUACAAAUGCUGUAGUUAAGUUGGACAUGCCAUCAAGUGAAGAAGCUUCGUUGGACUCAAAAGAAACUGAAAUUGUGAUUAAUGAAGAAGAAAUCACUAAGAAAAAGAGAAAUUGGCUUGAAGGGGCACCAGAAGGAAUUCCGGAACCUGUUCAAGAAGAAAAGAAGAAAUCUAAAUAUCAAUUGGAAUUCUUGACAAAUCUUGACAAUCGAACUGGUGUUGAGAACACAAGCGUCAAGCUUUUUUGUCAAAUUUCAGGACCUCGACCAGAAGUUCAUUGGUUGCAUAAUGGAAGCCCAGUUGAGUAUAAUGACGACGUUAAGAACGUAAGCAAUGAAAAUGUUGCUGCAUUGUCAUUCGCUAAAGCAAAACCAAGCCAUUCUGGUGAAUACACCUGCAUUGUUAAGAACCGGGAAUGUAGAAUUGAAACAACAUGCACGUUGACAGUGUUGGAAGUUCCAAAACCAAUUGAUAAAGGCAUCGCACCUCAUUAUCCAUUUGGAAUCAAACACUCGUUUAACUCACAAACUGAUGAAUUGAUUAUUGAAGUUGUUAUUCGUGGUACACCGCGAUUGUUCUUGAAAUGGUACAAAGACGCUCGUGAACUGGAGAAUGAUGAUAAAUAUUUGAUGUCACGGGACGGUGAGAUUUACAAAUUAUUCGUACAUAAACCAACAUUUAGAGAUAGCGGAAUAUAUUUGGUUCAAUGUGAAAACUCUUAUGGCAUGGAGUUCUUAAAAUAUGUUAUUGAAUUUGAACGAAAAGAUGAGCCGAUUGUCAGUGGCUUCAUUUAUCAUGCUGACUUAACAAAGACCAAAAAAUAUCAGGAAAAUGAAGAGAAGAAACGACAAGAGAGAAUGGCUUAUCGACCUCCGCCUUUACCUCAAUCUGAACCUGUUGAAACUGAAAAAGCUUCAGAAGUUGAGAAAGAGAAUGUUGAUGAAAAUUUAGUCGAAGGAGAAUCCGAAUAUGAAACAACGGAAUCAGAAUACGAUGAAGAUGGUGAAUUGAUAGAAAAGGAAAGACGAAAAAAGGUCAAAGCUCCACGAGUUGUUAAAGAACCAACACCACCCCCUCCUAAGGAACCAACUCCGCCUCCUAAAGACCCAACUCCACCACCAAAAGAACCAACUCCACCACCACCUAAGGAGCCAAGUGCAGAAUCAAUUGAAGCUACAUCAACAUCAGUUAAUGAAGAAAAAGAAAUGGAAAAAUCAAGCGAAAUAUCUCAUUACGUGUUUCGAGCUCAUAGAAUUGUUGACUUCAGAAAGAAUGCAGAAACUCCAUUGGAAAUUGUCAAACGUCUUCUCAACAUUAUUGUAAAAGUUGGAUCGAAAUUUAAACUUUCAUGUUGUGUGUCUGAAGGUGAUCCGAGGAUAAAAACUGUUUGGACGAAAGACGAUGAGCCGAUUACGAUGGAUUCGAGAAUAAUUUCUAAUGCAACAGAAGAUGGAAUGGUGACUUUGGAAGUAAAGCAAGUUACAUUUGAAGAUGCUGGACAUUAUAAGGUGGUUGUGAAGACAAAGAAAGGUGACAUUUCAAGCAGCUGUGAAGUUAAAGUUUAUGGAGAUGAAGUAAAACCUGCCGAUGAUAUUCCACCAACACUUCUCGUUCCAAUGACGGGAAUGUAUCGACCAAUUUAUAACGAUGUGGUCAUUGAAAUAAGUGUAAGAGGAAAUCCAAAACCAACAAUGCAAUGGACUUUCGCUAAAGAUGGACUGCCAAUCGAUCCAUGGAAACAAUAUCAAAAAUAUCAAAUUAAACAUGACGAGAUCAAUGGACAUUACACGCAAAAAUUAAUUAUUUCUGAUCCAAAUACAUAUCGUGAUAAUGGAAAAUAUAUGGUUAGAGUUGAGAAUCGUGCUGGUUCUGUUGUCUUCACAUACAUGCUUGAUUUCGAAGGAAAGAAACCAGAACCAAAACGUAAGAGAAUGGAUGAGAUCGUCAUUAUAAAUGAAGUGCCUCGUAUCAAUCCUAAACCAAAAUCACCCACGCCACCUCCAGGUAAUUCUAUAAUUCAUAAUUAUUAA